ACCAACAAAUGGCAUCAAUUCAAAACAGCCUGCGUAUCCAGGGUGAUGACAACCUCCAGUCCAUGAUCGUGGGGACUGUAAUGAGGAAGGUCAAGUCUCGGACCUGGAAGAAGCAGCGUUAUUUCAGGCUGCAAGAGGAUUGCAUGACCAUCUGGUAUAAGUCCAAGAAGGCGGGGAACACCCAUUCCACAUUCUCCGUGAGCGAUGUGGAGGUGGUCCGUGAGGGACAUCAGUCGGAAGUCCUACUAAGCAUCGCAGAUGAGUUCCCCCCCGACCGCUGCUUCACACUGGUCUUCCGCGGGCGUCGCGGCAACCUGGACCUUGUAGCAGAGUCAGCGGAAGAGGCCCAGUCCUGGAUCAAGGGUAUGCGCAAGCUGAUUGAGAACCUGGAGAACAUGGGCCAGAAAGAGAAGCUUGACCAGUGGAUCUGUGACUGGUUUAACAAGGCAGAUAAAAACAAGGAUGGACGAAUGAACUUCAAGGAGGUACAGGACUUACUGAAGAUGAUGAAUGUGGAUAUGAACGAACACCACGCUCUCCGCCUCUUCACGAUGGCGGACAAAUCUCGGUCCGGCACGCUGGAGGACGACGAGUUUGUGCAGUUCUACAAAAUGCUCACUCAGAGGGAAGAUGUUCUCAAGGUGUUCCAGGAGUACUCAAGUGAUGGGCAGAAGCUCUCGGUGCAGGACCUGGAGGAGUUCCUGCGCCACGAGCAACUGGAGAGCGAGGGUAGCCAGCAGCGGGCCCUGGAGCUCAUUGAUCAGUACGAGCCCUCGGAAACUGCCAAGAUGCUCCAUGCCAUGUCCAUCGACGGUUUCCUGAUGUAUCUCGUUUCUCCUGAUGGAUCCAUCUUCAACCCCCGCCACCAGAGUGUCUACCAAGACAUGACCCAGCCGCUAUCCCACUAUUUCAUCUCCUCCUCCCACAACACCUACUUACUGGAGGACCAGCUGCGGGGCCAGAGUAGCGUGGAAGGCUACAUCCGAGCCCUGAAGAGGGGGUGCCGCUGCGUGGAGGUGGAUUGCUGGGACGGUGCCAAUGGGGAACCCAUCGUCUACCACGGACACACCUUUACCUCCAAGAUCCUCUUCAAGGACGUGAUCACUGCUGUGGGGAAAUACGCCUUCAAGGUAAGCCAGUACCCAGUUAUACUGUCCAUUGAAAACCACUGCAGUGUUGAGCAACAGAGAACUAUUGCCCAUCACCUCAGUCAUAUCCUGGGAGACAAGCUGCUGAGGACUACACUGGAUGGCCACAUUGCUGAUGGGUUACCGUCUCCUGAGGAGCUGAAGGGUAAGAUCCUGCUGAAGGGGAAGAAGAUAGGAGGCUUGGAAGCAAGCCUCAAUGGGGCGGCAGAGGAAUCCAUCGCGGGCGAGGUGAGCGAUGAGGAUGAGGUCGCCGACAUCGACGAGGAUCAUCCCCAUGGUGACAGCAUGCGACGAAAGGGCAAGAAAUCGAAGCAGCGUCUCUCCAAGGAGCUCUCAGACUGCGUGGUCUACUGCAAGAGCGUCCGGUUCCACAGCUUCAAGCAGUCCCGUCUUCAUUCCAAGUUCUACGAGAUCUCCUCCUUCACCGAGUCCAAAGCCCGGAAACUCAUAAGGGAGGCAGGGGCGGACUUUGUCCAGCACAAUGCCAGACAACUGACCAGAGUUUACCCCAGCGGUCUGCGAACAGACUCAUCUAACUUUAACCCACAGGACAUGUGGAAUGUGGGGUGCCAAAUAGUCGCUCUGAACUUCCAGAAGGCAGGGGUGGAGAUGGAUCUCAAUGAUGGUCUCUUCAGCCACAACGGCCGCUGUGGCUACGUCCUGAAGCCUGAAUUCAUGAGGAGCUGUCAGAGAAAGUUUGAGCCAGACAACCCCCAGGAUCGAGAGGGAUACAGACCAGUCAACCUCUCUAUCCAGGCGAUCAGUGGACAACAGCUGCCGAAAGUGAACAUUAAGGAGGACUCUAUCGUGGACCCACUGGUGAGAGUGGAGAUUCACGGUGUUCCAGCAGACCAGGCCAAGCAGGAGACCAGAUACAUCGACAACAACGGGUUCAAUCCGAUAUGGUACGAGACGUUGCAGUUCACUGUCCACGUACCGCAGCUGGCACUGGUUCGUUUUGUAGUGGAAGAUUAUGACAAGACCUCUAAGAAUGACUUUGUUGGCCAGUACACCUUGCCUCUCAGCUGCAUACAGCAGGGAUAUCGUCAUAUCCAUCUGCUUUCCAAAGAUGGGACGAGCAUCUCCCCCUCCUCGCUGUUUGUGCGUGUCAGAAUAACUGACGUAGCGUGACGUGGACCAAGCCACAGUCGAUGGCGUGCACACACAGUGCAGUUCUGCUUAUGCUGGCCUGUGGAUAUCGGCUGCAAAGAUAUACAUGCAAAUCCAGGUGCUGCUCCUUCACCCUUCUGCAUGCAAGAGGUUGUACAUGACCACAUAUGUAGACAUACGAGUAUGGCGAAACAGUUAAUAUGUAA